ACUUUAUUCCUUUUGGCUAACUGACAGAAGAGGUUACUACUGGAGGUAACAGUCAACAAAACAUUUCUUCAACAGGUAGAUUUGUUCCCGUGGCUCAAUGGGAUCUGCUCAAAGAGGAAAUGACAUAGACAAUAUUUAUCAAAACCCUGUAAGUGUGGAGUCUCCUUACCAGACUUUUCAGUUACAACAUCCAGGGAAGAAUAUCCAGAAGAGUGUGGGACCAUAUUCGACAGGAAGAGGAUCAAGAAUUUUAGUCAUCGUCCUGUGUUUCAUAAAUACCCUGCUCCUGGUCAUCAACCUUGUGGUAUUAGGAGUGCAUUAUUCCAAGUCCAAUGCUGUUCUCAUACACCAUUUUGGAUCAUAUCAUCAAGAUAACACCCAUUUGGCAGGAUAUGGCCAAACGUACCUUAUGGAUAACCAGAAUGGUUUUUGGCAUCUACGCGACAACAUUUUUUAUCUGUUUUGGCAUGGCCAGGGGGACUGCCAGGAGGCUGAAAGCUUCUGCAACAAGAAAAAUGCUACUCUUGUCACACUACGCAAGCACAACCGGGACUGGAUGAUAUCAGUGGCCAAUGGAAAGCAGUUGUGGGUGAAAGCAGAUAUCCACUCUUUUUCUGGUCAAAGCCCGGAUGAAGAGGCCUGUCCCUGUGAGCUUCUUUUGGCCUCAGAUCGCUUUGCUGCAGCAGACUGUGAGAACGUUCAUAGCUGGGUGUGUGAAAGAGAGGAAUAUACUCCUACAAUUAUGAUUGAUCACCCAAUACUAAACUAAUACUAAACUGACUCCCGAACCAAGGGGUGUAUUUCUGGAUUUCAUACUUUUUAAUCACAAUCAUGCACACCUGAUAUAGCAUGUUAGUCAAAUGUAUUGAUUACGCUCAGUAAUAAGGCUGCAUUGUUUAGCUUUGCAUGGGACACUUUUUGAGGAACAGUGCAAAAAAAAAACCCCCAAAAAACAUUAGUGAAUCCCUAUGAGGUGCAGUAAUGACCUGGUGUACCCUUUUGGGAUCCACUGAUUAUUUUCCAUUUGAAAUUGUAAGAUGUUUCCUUUUCUCGUAUACUUAAAAUAUGUCCAUUCAGUGCCAGGGGUACAAUACAGUAUUUUGACAAAGUUGACAAAGUCUUAUUUAACAUAAUUAAUACUUGCAUAGGAAUGUACUGAAAAAAAUAAAUACAUGCCAUUUUUUUGUUCUCUGGCACAGUGGUACAAUUUAUGUUUGUAAAAUAAAUGUAUAAUAAACAUAUAAUUGAUUAUGUAGGCUAUGAGAAAUGUGCUUUCCAACAUCUUCUUUCGUUUGGAAAAAGCAUCUGCCAAAGAAAUAUAAUGUAAUGUAAUGUCAUUUCCAGGAUAUGAGCGAUUUGCUAUAUUUAUUUCAAUGUCCAAUUUCUAAAGUACUGUAUUUUUUCCAUGGCAGAAGAAGUGUUAGAGAAUCUAUUUUCAACAAAGACGUGGAAAUAUAAAACCUAAAAUAAUCGAAAAAUAGUCCCAGCGUUCAAAAAAAUAACAUCAAAUGCGAUGAAAACUGAGUGAGUGCACAUUUAAGUCAAAAUUACUGAGUAAUUUCUGAGUGGUGCAGAAUGGACUUACAGUAUGAUUAUAUUUUGUAAAUGGCAAUAGAUGUUUCAUUUAUAAAGAUAAAUAUGUCAAUCUCACAUUGUCAUGAUUAGAAAUAAACACAUGACUGUA